CAAUUAUCACAAAAUAUUUCAAAGUAUUAAGAAAAAAAAAAUUUGGAAGCAACAAAAAAUUUAAAAAAAAUAUGGGGAGAGCUCCAUGUUGUGACAAAGCAAAUGUGAAAAAAGGACCAUGGUCACCAGAAGAAGAUGCAACACUAAAGGCAUAUAUUGAAGAAAAUGGCACUGGUAACAAUUGGAUUGCUCUUCCCCAAAAAAUAGGGCUUAAGAGAUGUGGGAAGAGUUGCAGGUUAAGAUGGUUGAAUUACUUAAGACCUAAUAUUAAACAUGGUGGAUUUACUGAAGAAGAAGACAAUAUCAUUUGUAGCCUCUAUAUAAGUAUUGGCAGCAGGUGGUCUAUAAUAGCUGCACAACUUCCUGGAAGAACAGAUAAUGAUAUCAAGAAUUAUUGGAACACUAGACUGAAGAAGAAGCUUCUUGGAAAAAGAAAACAAUCUCAAAUGAAUAGAUUAUUGCUUGCUAAUGGUGGUCAAGAUCUCAAGGACAUAAAUGGAUUAGAAGAAAAUCCAUUAUUACAAAACCUAAGCAACUCAGCUCUAGAAAGGCUUCAACUUCACAUGCAACUUCAAACCCUACAAAAUCCUCUUUCUUUCUAUAAUAAUCCAUCACUUUGGCCUAAGUUAACCCCUCUCCAACAAAAAAUGAUCCAAACCCUACAAUCUAAUGGCUUAAAUGAGAAUCAAUCACCCCUUUACACACCGAUAAACCCUAGUGAAAACCAUGCUCAUGAACUAGGUCAAAAAGUUGGGAUCAAUGAAUUUGCUAGUACUAAGGUGAAUGUUGAAGUGGAAAAAAGUAUCCCAAUUAAUGACUUCAACAACAAUCAAAAAAAUGUUCUUGACACAAACAUAGGACAAGAAAACGCGAAAGAGAUCCAAAUUCAGGGCGUUCAGGGUUUCACUCAGCUGGAGAUUGAUGACCUAAUUCUCAACAACAAGGGGUCAAUAGGCCUAAAUAUGCAUUCAGAGAAUCAACAAAUAGGUUCCGAAUUCGAUUGUUUUAAAGAGAUGGAUGAUGGAUCAAGGGACAAUUUGGCAUGGUGGUCUAAUGAUUUUGAUACAAAUACAGCUUCUUCAUCAAAUUCUUGGGGUUCAUCUUCAAAUAUUCUUCAGAAUUCUCAUGAAGGAAUGUAUCAAGAUUAUGCAUUAGGGUAUAAUUUGCAAUAAUAAAUAUUUAAUUAUGAGGGUGUAGAGAGGUAUUUGAUAAUAUUGCAAAGGGGAAAUAGGGAAAGCUUGUGAGUAAAUUAAUUAAAUGUUGUAAAUUUUUUUGUGUGAAUAAUGCUUUCUCUUUGUCACUUAGCUAGCCAAAUAACUUGUAUGACAUGACUGUUUUUUGUUU